AUGGCCGGAAAUGCCAACCACUGCUCAUUCGUCCUCCUCGCUGAAUUCCACAUCCUUGAGGGGGCGCAGCUGAAGUAUCAGUUUCCUCAACCAUUGGGCGUCGAUGAAAGGUACCAGUUUCAGCCGCUUCAUAUCGAGAAUUAUACUCACAACGCCCCUAGCGUGCUCGCCAUGUCCAUGCUCCCCGAUGGUGCAGAGACUCAGCUCGAUGACUGGACCAUCUUCUUCCUGAACCAAACUCCAUUCAAUACUAUCUCUCCUGUACUCGCUUUGGACACGCCAGAGGUCAAGACCAUUGGCCUCCCAGGGGAAGACGACGACCUUCGUGACAGCGACAGACCGGAGCUGCUGUGUGUCCUUAACCUGGUUCGCACGAAACACGAUAAAUCCUUGGAUCGUGGUGCACAGGUUCUUGCACUCGCAAUAUGCACGAGACAUCCAUUCAUACAGAUAUUCAAGCCAUUCCUUCUUCUGGCUCUAGACGACUAUUUCUCGGAUCCCUCUCAGGAUUGUCUUGCACGCCUCUUCGAUGCUGUUAACUCCAUGGAUCUAUCUGGCGCACCCAAGCUCACCAGGUCAGAGAAGCUUGUCAUGCGUUCCAGCGAGCGUAAGGACAUCUUCGCCGAAAAGAUGGCGCAAGCUCCACAGCAGAGCUGGGCACACUCGGGGGUGGGAUCAAAGUCUGGUUUACAACACAAGUCGACGAACUCAAAUGAAUCCUACUCCAGUUUCGAGGAAGGUAUCAUGCUACGAGGCAAGGAACGGGACCGAUAUCCAGAAGACGGGAGAAACCGUCGGAAGGACUCCCAACGAGGAAGGGAACGAAUCGACACCGAAAGCAUGGCAACAGCUGUGCCAUCUCAGAAUCAGCACUCCCCAUCUGAUUCCUCCUUCUCUCUAGGAGGAAGUGCAGUUUGGGUUGGAGACGAAUCAGGAUUGGACUUCGCCCCAAAAGAGAAGGCGACUGACGCCAGCAGCGUAGCCUCGAUGACAGGUGGAAGCACAUUGGUUGGUUCGACACGAAAUCGUCGAUCAACAGAUGCUUCAUCCUCUUCUUCACAUGCGCACGGCAAGGAACAAAAUUAUCGCCCACUGACGUCCUAUCAUUUCGACCCUCAUCUCCGGCACGGCAUUGUUAAAGAUACUCAUUUCUAUCAUACCACCGCGGCAUACAAGGAUCACCAGUUGCCGAUAAAGAUGCCCUUAUCGACGUUUCCUGAAGAAGUUGGAGAUUAUUCUUUAAUCACCCUGAUCAAGGUUUUCUCAGCCCAUCCCGUUGUGUCCGGACCUGUCCAUCCACAUCUGCAUACGAACGGACCCCAAACCCAUCCCAUCAUUGUACUCUUCAAUGCUCUUGUGACUGGGAAGCGCAUAAUAUUCCUGGGACAUAAACGACCGGCAGGAGAAGUGUCAAGCUUUGUACUCUCUGCGUGCGCUUUGGGGUCGGGCUGCGGAGCUGUUCUCAGAGGCUUCAUCGAACGCGCAUUCCCGUACGCCAAUUUGAGAAACAGAGAUGAAUGGGAAUCUGUGCCCGCCUAUAUAGCAGGUGUUACGAAUCCCAUCUUUGAGGCUUCUCGCCAAUGGGAUCUCUUCCUCGACAUUAGCACUGGCAAUGUCACGGUGGCGAAAGAUAUCCAUUCAAACUACCCUCCGAUGAAUUUGCAGUUGAGUGGACCGCUGAUAACUAGAUCAGGUACCCUCAAAGCAGAGACCUCUGUUGGCAGCGAGGACGAUAUCGCGAGGAUGGCAAGCAAUAACACAGACCGAGUUUUCAUCGAGGACAUUCGCACAGCCAUUGAAGAUCAUUUCGGAGAAAGCCUUGUUCGAAUGCGGUUUACCGAAUACGUGACACGCUUUGUUCGACUAGCAUCUCGCUACGAGGAAGAGUUGUCAGGAGGAACAAGUUUCGGCUUCCCGAGCUCCCCAUUCAUUGAUGGAAGGCCGCCCAAGCUAGGGAGCGGCAUUGCGUUUAUAGAUGAUAUAAUCGGGUGGAAGGAGCUACUGGCGAACGGGCACCGUAUCGAAGCGUGGCGCAAAACGAACAGCUACAAGUACCUCACAAUGGAUUAUCCGAAGCACCAAGCCAACAGUGCAAUCAAGGGCUUCGAUGUUGUGCACCAGCUGUUUCGCUUACGAUAUACAAAGAAUAUGCAGGACGCUGAGGCACUAGCCAUCAUGCGCAGUUUAGCGGAGGGUGUCAAGACUUACGAUCAGGUCGUCGAGCUCCUAGCAUCGCUACCCCACGGAGGGGGGUUGCUAUACCUUGGAUUUUCACUGUUUCAUCAAAAGGAAGCUGUCCGAGAACACACUGUGAACCUGUUCAACCAGCUUCGGGUAUAUCCAGUCGGCGUACUCCAUCUGCAAGCAUUAAACCAUUUCCAGCGCUACGCGUACGUCCGUCAGGCGCACGCGAAGGAGCGACGGCUAUUUGAGCAACAGCACGAGAGCCGGCAGCAACCAGGAAAUCAGCAGUAUGGUACGGACGGCGUGCCAUAUGGCAUGGCGAGCAAUGCUUUCGGACGAACACACUCGAAUUCGGUGAUAGCACAGCAACCUAACGGGGUAUUUGGAUGA